CGCAACGCAUUUGCCGGAUGAUCGUUUCAUUGUCUUGUUUGGCUUGCGCGUUUGUGUGCGUGGAGCGAACAAAUGCUGCUCCAAACGAAGGUGAACCGAACGCAAUCAUCAUCAACCAGCACAAAGUGCCUGCUGUGCCUUCUGCAGAUACACACCGUGUUUGUGCGCCUCGGUUCCUGGCAACAUAUAUUUUCCAUUUCCCUACCAAACAGUGUUAUCUUGUGCUUGGUGUACGAAGAAAAGCACGCAGUUUUCAAAACAUUUUCUCUCUCUCCCUUUCGCAAAACAAAACAUAGCAACACAAAGGUGCUGUUUACACGGCAUCAAAUCGGCAAUGCGUUUCGUUGGCUGAGAAUGAAACGUUCGCUUUCUAGCGAAGGUUUCGCAAAAACGGAAUCAUUCCCAUCGGUUUCCAACGGUGGAGAAAGUGGUGAAGAGUUUCGGUGAUACACACAAACACACACGGUACAAGUCGGUGGCAAGACUGGGGAGACGGAAUCCGGGCAAAACGCCCCAACAGCAAUAACAACAACAGAAAGCCAACUCCUCCAUACACAGCAUAACAGCAGACAGGCCGCACCGAAAUUGCUUUCCACCCGUACCACGGGGGCGAACUCUGGUAGUUAUUUUGCGCGUAGUGACCACGACCACCGAGACGGCUUUGCUUUCGGUAGUAUUAUUGUUAUUAGUUCGCUUUCGCUGACCGAACGACGUGAAAACAGGCAAGUGGCGAAUUCAUUCAUUUCGCAUCGCGUAACGCUGGUUUGCGGAUCGGUUUUUUCGGUCAAGCAAGCACCAUCACCACUCCCCGUCGACUCAGUGUUGUUUCGGGAAGGAAAGUGAACGCGUAUCGUUAAUGUUUCCGCCGCGGAAAUAAGUGUAUCUUAAAGGUGAUUUAAAAACCCUUUUCGACGUAGACUUAGUGCGCUGUGAGAUCAUACUUGAUCAUCAGUCAAAUUGCGUUCCGCGACAUAAACAACGCAUCGUUGUGAGCUAAGAAAACACUUCACACAACUACAAUCGUACACGUUCUGGCGUAAGGGGGGAGGGGGACAAAACCUCGAACGCGCACUGUGACUAAUUUGAUAAAUCAACACAGCCGAGGGCCACGAAGUACACAGUAUUGGCCGCUUUGGUGCGCUAUUCUGACGCGUUAAGAUAGCGAAGCUGUACGGCGAAGAAGGACCGCACACAAUGUCGCUACGCGCUAUACAGAAGCGAGAUAGGGAGAAAUUAUCGUCCUCACAGCGGCAACAGCAGCAGCAGCAACAACAGUUUAUCAGCCACCAGUGGCAUGGUUCUCCUUCUGGUGUUGGUGCAAUGCUGGUAGUACCGAACGCAGCAACACAACUGACGGCAGCGGCCAUGAAGAUGACAGCUGCAACUGGCCGCGGCGAUAUAUCCACCAUCGUCGUUCCCUCCGUUCAAUCGAUUCUACAGCACCAGCAUGCAAAACGCAAACAAACCCAAGCUGCUUACGAUGUAGCAACGGGCCUGAUGCCAGUAACGACCCAUGCACCGACCGUGCUGAGACGGUCCAGCUCGUAUCCGACACUGUCCCGCAAACGUUCGCGAAAACAGCAGCAACAACAGCUACGCCCGGUCCGGUCGACAAGUGAUUUGAGUGCGCUACGUGAUCUUCUCGAGGGUGGCACCCAUUCGACGGAGCCAGAAUUCAUUGGUGGUGGUGUUGGCGUAGCCGGAAGUGCCAACAGUUUCAGCACAAACAAUCUCUACCUCGGUGCCAAAUCGGAGGUGUGUCUUAAAACGCUGGCCGUGAAGAACACUGUGGCAACGCCGUUUGUGAAACCGGGCGCAGCAAUGCAGCAAUCGUUGCCCCCUACCGGUGGCAGCAUCCGGAGUGCGUCCAGCAGUGGUAGUGCAUCCGCAACCCAACCAUCCUCGAAGCGGUUGUACGAAAGCCGCCGCACAUCGGAACUAAGCAGCAGUGAUUUUGGACCGAACAAAUCGGAGAUACAUCUUAAGGCGAACACCAGCGCCGUCCGCAUUCCGAUCGUGGGCUACGAGGUUAUGGAGGAGCGUGCUCGCUUUACGAUAUUCAAAUUACGCAUUGAAAAUAGCAUUUCACACACCUGCUGGUUGGUGCUGCGACGAUACACCGACUUUGUCCGGUUAAACAACAAGCUCAAGACGAUCUACCCGCACUGUAAUCUGGUGCUGCCGCGCAAGAAAUGGUUCGGUGACAACUUUAGCAGUGGCUUCAUUGAUAACCGAAUACAGGGAUUGCAAACGUUUAUCAACACCAUACUUGGGGACGAUGUGAUGCGCACGUGUCAGGCGGUGCGGGACUUUUUCUGUCUCGACGAACCACCGUCCUACUCGGAGAGUAUGGAGGAAUCAAGGGUUAUCUUUGAGGCACAGGAAGAAACAAUUGCACAGCUCAAGCAGCAACUGCAAGCCAAAGACGAUAUGGUACAGGUGCUGCAAACGAAGCUUGCCACCGAGCUCAAUCGUAACGCGAUACUAACCAAUGUUAUACGAAACAGCGUGGAAAAUUGUGCCAAAUGUUCAAAAUCUGUCGAUCAGGUGAUGAAAGACUCGGUCUACAAAUAGACAUUGUGACAUUUUCUUAAAAAAAAAAUCAAAAACCUCCAACAACCGUCUGCGGAAUUAGUGAAGCUUUUGUAAGCGAUCAUCCGCUCCGAUCAGCCUGUAAGACUGCGUCUGUGGAUAUGCAAAGUUUGAAACUUGUAUUGCAAAAAUAAAAAGAAAACGUAACAUAGA